AUGAAGCAAAGUAUACCUCUGUUGAGCGUUGUUGCAGGUUUGGGUCUUGCGGCCAACUUGCUCGCAUCGCAUUUCUCAGGGAAACUAUAUACACUGACGUUGUCUGAUUCUGGGAAUCUCAUUAUUCAAUCUGAACACAACUCUGGAAACUGGGCCAAAUGGACACACUUCGACGCCGAAACUCAAACCCUCUAUGUCACCGACAGUGCGGUUCCUUCUCCUCUAGGAGUCACGACAUUCAAAGUUGGAGUUGAUGGAAGUUUGACAAGAGAGUUACCCCAUGAAACAUCUCUUACCGAUGGUGGGGAGGUUCAUCUGGCCUUGUAUGGCGGUGAGGACGGAAGGAAAUUCAUUGCGUUUCCGCAUUAUUACACCUCGAAAGUUGUGACCUACCAGUUGCCUCUCACAUCGGAUUCCACCCCCCAUCAAACCUUCAACUAUUCCGAGCUAGCACCAGGUCCAUCCGAGCGCCAGACGGCAGCCCACCCACAUGGGGUUCAUCUCGAUCCCACAGGGAGGUUCAUGUUUGCACCAGAUCUGGGAGCGGAUCUCAUCCACAUCUAUGCCGUUGACUCUGCCACUGGGUUCCUUACCCAGUGUAAGCCAGCUCAUGCUCGCCCUGCAGACGGUCCCCGUCAUGCGGCAUUUUGGUCUCCGUCUGACUCCAAAGGCGCACCAGCUUCUAUGGCCUUCAGCGUCAACGAACUCUCCAACACUGUCACAGUAUGGGCUGUUUCAUAUCCUGCCCGCCGUGGCGGGUGCUUAUCACUCACUCAACUCCAAGACCUUUCAACGCUUCCCAAGGGUGCCUCGGUGCCAUCAGAAGCGAAAGCCGCCGAGAUUCGGGUCAAGGGUGAUUUUGUUUACGUGACAAACCGACUCGACCAGUCGUUCGGUGCGCUGGGCGACUCUAUUGCAACAUUCAAGAUCAACAGGUCUCGCCGUGGCAUCAAGGAAUCCGCCAGUCUCCGUUUUGUCGAGCUCACGAACGCACACGCAGACAUUCCUUGGGCAUUCACGAUCAAUGAAUCAGGAGACCUGGCCGCUGUCGGUGGACAAUUGAGUUCGAAUGUAAUUAUUUUGGAGAGAAAUGUCACCACUGGUCAGUUGGGUAAUGUAGUCGCGAAUCUGGCUGUUGGAGAGGUUGGAGUCCCUAAUACCUUGUCAGGACUUAGUUCAGUGGUUUGGCUUGAGUGA